AUGAGGUGGUUCCUAUUUCCUGUCUCCUGGUUUCUACUAUGCUGCUGCUGGAUCACACAAGCAGAGAUCUUCACUUCAAUAGGCCAGAUGACAGACCUCCUGUACACGGAGAAAGAGCUAGUCCACUCCCUCAGAGAGUAUAUUAAAGCAGAGGAGUCUAAACUGGCUGAGAUUAAAAGCUGGGCCAGGAAGUUGGAUGACUUGACCAGAGUGUCCACGUCGGACCCAGAGGGCUAUCUGGCUCACCCGGUGAAUGCCUACAAGCUCAUGAAGAGGCUGCACAGUGAAUGGUCUCAGCUGGAGAGUCUGGUGCUGCAGAACCCUUCAGAUGGCUUCAUUUCCAACAUGACCAUGCAGAGACAGUACUUUCCUGAUGCGGAAGACGAGAAGGGUGCAGCAAAGGCACUAAUGCGUCUCCAGGACACGUACCGUCUUGAUUCAGAGGACUUUUCCAAAGGGAGGCUUCCAGGUAUGCACUCCAAAGCCGUUUUAACCGUGGACGAUUGCUUUGAUAUGGGCAAGACGGCUUACAACGAAGGCGACUACUACCAUGCGGUGCUGUGGGUUCAACAGGCCUUGAAACAGCUGGACGCCGGCGAGGAAGCGGUGGUUUCCAAGGCGUCAAUUUUGGACUAUCUUAGCUAUUCUGUUUACCAAAUGGGAGACCUGCCUCGUGCCAUCGAGCUGACACGCCGCUUAGUGGCCAUAGACUCUAGCCACCAGAGGGCAGGAGGAAACCUGCGUUAUUUUGAGAAGUUGCUGCUCAAAAAACAGAAUGAUGAGAGGCAGGCGGAGGAGCAGGCAGACCAGUCUUCUUCAGAGGAGCCUAUUCAGCUGGGAACCUACGUUAGACCCAAAGACCAACUUCCUGAGAGAGACGUUUAUGAAGCCCUAUGCCGAGGGGAGGGAGCCAAAUUGACUGAAGAAAGGCGCAGCCGUUUGUUCUGUCGCUACCACGAUGGAAGCAGGAACCCUCGCCUUCUGCUGAAGCCAAUGAAGGAGGAAGACGAGUGGGACAGCCCACACAUUGUACGCUACCUGGAAGCCCUGUCUGACUAUGAGAUUGAAAAGAUAAAAGAGUUGGCCAAACCUAGGCUUGCUAGAGCUACUGUCCGAGAUCCUAAAACAGGAGUGUUGACCACAGCCAACUACAGAGUAUCGAAAAGUGCCUGGUUAGAAGAAGAAGAUGGUCCAGUCAUUACCAGAGUCAAUCAAAGAAUACAGGACAUCACAGGCCUAACAGUAGACACAGCAGAGUUAUUACAGGUUGCUAACUAUGGUGUUGGAGGACAGUAUGAGCCACAUUUUGACUUCUCCAGGAAAGAUGAGCCUGAUGCUUUCAAAAGAUUAGGCACUGGAAAUCGUGUGGCCACUUUUUUGAACUAUAUGAGUGAUGUUGAAGCAGGCGGCGCUACAGUCUUCCCUGAUUUUGGGGCUAUAAUCCAGCCAAGAAAGGGGACAGCUGUGUUCUGGUAUAAUCUUUUCAAAAGCGGAGAAGGAGACUACAGGACCAGGCAUGCAGCCUGUCCUGUCUUGGUUGGCAGUAAAUGGGUGUCAAACAAGUGGAUUCACGAGCGGGGGCAGGAAUUCCUGCGACCGUGUGGCCUAACAGAAGUGGAUUGA